GAAGGCUCUGCAGGUGGCCCCAGAGCCUGAGGGAAGCAGCUGCCAUCUUCCCCAGGAGCGGAGCGGCCCCUCUGUCCCCGCUGGUGGGGAAGGAGCUCCCAGCCGGGCCAGGAGGUGGAGGUGCCCAGCCUUCUGGCAGAGGAAACCCGCUCCAAGAUGGCACCUCGGUGGGAGAGGCAGUGGCCAGGCCAAAAUGGAGCUGGGCCAGGAUGUGGCUGGGCAGGCAGGACCCAGCCCAGGAGCAGAACCGGGCAUGGUGGCUCUGGGGCUUGUUGUGUGGGCAGCAACGGCCCCAGGAGCCCUGACCUGAUUUCCACCAGGAGGCAUCGCCCUGCCCGGUCAUUGAGGACCUUCCAGCCUUCCCAGGGCAGGAGGUGGAGGAUCCCUGUCCCAGCAGCAGCAGCUUGGCCCGCACCCCAUGGGACAGCAGCAGUGCCUGGGACUCGGACAGCAGUGAGUCCGAUGGACACUUCUGGUUUGUUCCAGGGACCACCAGGGACUCGGAGGAGGAGGAGGAAUGGGUGGAUGUUGUCACAGUCCUCAAAAACAUCCGAGAGCAGCUCCAGGGCCGAGAAAAGGAUGAGGCCCAGCAGCUCAUGUUCCUGCACGGCAUGCACCCCGCGUGUCUCGCUACACAGCAGAGAGGGCAGGACACACUGGAGCCGCAAGGCAGCUGUGGUGGAGAGGACUGUGCACCAUGACACCUGCCCUGGAGCCAGAGCUGAGCCUCACCUCCUUCGAGCUGCCCUGCAUGCAGUCUUCACCCUGGGCACGGAGAAGGACACCACCCAAGUCCAGGUAGAUCGUGCUAAAUCAUGGAUUGAAGAGCCAGCUGUCAUCCUGCCACGAAUCCUUGCUAAUUGCCUGCAGUGGGAUGUGAAUGAGAGAGGCCAGGAUAUGUGUUUGGGGGUCUCACCAGUGCUUCCCAGAGACCCCUCUUCCCAUCCUGUGGCAGGUGUAGCCCCAGUUUCCCUAAGUCUGACCCAUGGCUCUCCCUUGCUUUGCAGGAUCUGCAUAGGGUCUUGCCAGACCUCCUGGACGCCAUGCUGGGGAACCUGCUGGCAGACUCCCCAGACACCAACAGGCUCCACUACAUCUUGGACAUGAGCCUGAUGAGAGGGGUCGGGGCAAUUUUACCUUAACUCUUAGAUCUAUUUUCCAGUCUGUCCUCCUAGCUGCACCCCCAGUGGGCUGUCCUUGGUCAGGGCAGUCAGUGCAGUGCACUGUCAGGCCCUUCCUCCUUGAAGGACAGAGGAAGGAGCUGGGACUUCAAGCCAGAGCUCUGCCUGGUUCUGUUGAGCACUAGCCAUGGGGCCCCUGGCUGGCUUGGGGAGUGAGAGUCUGAACCCCUCCUGGGAGAUCCAGAAGAUGGUCCUCAGAGAGGAGGGGGGAGGGAUAGCUCAGUGGUUUGAGCAUUGGCCUGCUAAACCAAUUGGCCUGCUAAAGGGUUGUGAGUUCAAUCCUUG